CAGCCAUUUUCUGCUCUUUGUGUGGGGUGGAUUAGCAGCGGGGCUGGUACUGAGCGAAACUAGAGCAUCAAUCGGCACAGAAAACGGAGGAGCAGGAACAGAAUCACAAACCCAGGAAUCGUCGGCUUGCCGUCGCAGACCGCGACACCGUCCGCCCGCCUGCUCGUCGCCCAGACGGACAUGCAAUUUUCAGACCUAGGUGUUGUUUGAGUGACGCCUUGUUACCAUGACAACCCACGUGACGUUGGAGGAUGCUCUGUCCAACGUGGACCUGCUGGAGGAGCUGCCUCUGCCGGACCAGCAGCCAUGCAUCGAACCUCCCCCCUCCUCCAUCAUGUACCAGGCUAACUUUGACACCAACUUCGAAGACAGGAAUGCCUUUGUGACCGGCAUCGCCCGUUACAUAGAGCAAGCCACAGUCCACUCCAGCAUGAACGAGAUGCUGGAGGAAGGACAUGAAUACGCAGUGAUGCUUUACACCUGGAGAAGCUGUUCCAGAGCCAUUCCCCAGGUGAAAUGCAACGAGCAGCCCAACAGAGUGGAGAUCUAUGAGAAAACGGUGGAGGUGCUGGAGCCGGAAGUGACCAAGCUCAUGAAGUUCAUGUACUUCCAGCGGAAAGCUAUAGAGCGCUUCUGCAGCGAGGUGAAGCGUCUGUGCCACGCCGAGCGGAGGAAAGACUUCGUGUCGGAGGCCUACCUGCUCACGCUGGGGAAAUUUAUCAACAUGUUCGCGGUGCUGGACGAACUCAAGAACAUGAAGUGUAGCGUGAAGAACGAUCACUCUGCCUACAAACGGGCAGCUCAGUUCUUGAGGAAGAUGGCCGACCCUCAGUCCAUCCAGGAGUCCCAGAACCUCUCCAUGUUUUUAGCCAACCACAACAGGAUCACUCAGUGCCUGCACCAACAGCUGGAGGUGAUUCCAGGUUACGAGGAGCUUCUGGCCGACAUCGUCAACAUCUGCGUGGACUAUUACGAAAACAAAAUGUAUUUGACGCCCAGUGAGAAACACAUGCUGCUAAAGGUCAUGGGUUUUGGCCUCUACCUGAUGGACGGGAACGUCAGUAAUAUCUACAAAUUAGAUGCCAAAAAGAGGAUCAACCUGAGCAAGAUCGACAAGUUCUUCAAACUUCAAGUCGUGCCUCUGUUUGGAGACAUGCAGAUCGAGUUGUCACGCUACAUAGAGACGAGCGCUCACUACGAAGAAAACAAGUCCAGGUGGACGUGCACCCAGAGCAGCAUCUCGCCGCAGUACAACCUGUGCGAGCAGAUGGUGCAGAUCAGGGACGACCACAUCCGCUUCAUCUCGGAGCUGGCACGCUACAGCAACAGCGAGGUGGUGACGGGCUCGGGCCUGGACAGCCAGAAGUCGGACGAGGAGUACAGGGAGCUGUUCGACCUGGCUCUGAGGGGCCUGCAGCUGCUGUCCAAGUGGAGCACGCACGUCAUGGAAGUCUACUCCUGGAAGCUGGUGCAUCCCACGGACAAGUUCUGCAACAAGGACUGUCCCGGCACGGCGGAGGAGUACGAGCGAGCCACGCGCUACAACUACACCAGCGAGGAGAAGUUUGCCCUGGUCGAGGUUAUCGCCAUGAUCAAAGGGCUGCAGGUUCUGAUGGGUCGCAUGGAGUCCGUCUUCAACCAGGCCAUCAGGAACACAAUCUACGCGGCUCUGCAGGACUUCGCUCAGGUCACCCUCAGGGAGCCUCUGCGCCAGGCCGUACGCAAGAAGAAGAAUGUUCUCAUCAGUGUCCUGCAGGCCAUUCGAAAGACUGUCUGUGACUGGGAGGGAGGAAGAGAGCCUCCAAACGACCCCUGCCUGAGGGGAGAGAAAGACCCAAAGGGAGGUUUUGACAUCAAGGUGCCUCGUCGAGCAGUGGGACCCUCCAGUACACAGCUCUACAUGGUACGCACCAUGCUGGAGUCAUUAAUAGCUGACAAGAGUGGAUCUAAGAAAACUCUUCGCAGCAGCCUUGACGGACCCAUCGUGGUGGCCAUAGAGGACUUCCACAAGCAUUCCUUCUUCUUCACACACCUGCUGAACUUCAGCGAGGCCCUGCAGCAGUGCUGCGACCUCUCCCAGCUGUGGUUCAGGGAGUUCUUCCUGGAGCUCACCAUGGGCCGCAGAAUCCAGUUCCCCAUCGAGAUGUCCAUGCCCUGGAUCCUGACCGACCACAUCCUGGAGACCAAGGAGCCCUCCAUGAUGGAAUACGUUCUGUAUCCUCUGGACUUGUACAACGACAGUGGCUACUACGCUCUGACCAAGUUCAAGAAGCAGUUCCUGUACGACGAAAUCGAAGCUGAGGUAAACCUCUGCUUUGAUCAGUUUGUGUACAAGUUGGCAGACCAGAUAUUUGCCUACUACAAAGCAAUGGCCGGAAGUGUCCUCCUAGACAAGCGCUUCAGGGCAGAGUGUAAAAACUACGGCGUCAUCAUUCCGUACCCGCCGUCGAACCGCUACGAGACACUGCUCAAGCAGAGACACGUGCAGCUUUUGGGUCGAUCGAUUGAUCUGAACCGCCUGAUCACCCAGAGGAUCUCAGCCGCCAUGUACAAGUCGCUAGACCAUGCCAUCAGCCGCUUUGAGAGUGAGGACCUCACAUCCAUAGUGGAGUUGGAGUGGCUGCUGGAGAUCAACAGGCUGACCCACCGGUUGCUGUCCAAGCACAUGACCCUGGACAGCUUCGACGCCAUGUUCCGCGAGGCCAACCACAACGUUUCGGCCCCCUACGGACGAAUCACGCUCCACGUCUUCUGGGAGCUCAACUUUGAUUUCCUCCCGAACUACUGCUACAACGGAUCCACGAACCGCUUUGUACGCACAGCUAUUCCCUUCACCCAGGAGCCUCAAAGAGACAAGCCAGCCAAUGUGCAGCCUUAUUACCUGUAUGGGUCCAAGCCUCUGAACAUUGCCUACUCCCACAUAUACAGCUCCUAUAGAAACUUUGUCGGCCCGCCUCAUUUUAAGACCAUCUGCCGCCUCCUUGGUUACCAAGGCAUCGCUGUGGUGAUGGAGGAGCUACUCAAGAUUGUCAAAAGCCUGUUACAGGGCACCAUCCUGCAAUAUGUAAAAACUUUGAUAGAAGUCAUGCCCAAGAUCUGCCGUCUGCCACGCCAUGAGUACGGCUCCCCAGGCAUCCUGGAGUUCUUCCACCACCAGCUCAAGGACAUCAUUGAAUACGCCGAGCUGAAGACGGACGUCUUCCAGAGCUUGAGGGAGGUCGGGAACGCCAUCCUCUUCUGCCUGCUCAUCGAGCAAGCUCUGGUGUCCCAGGAGGAAGUGUGUGACCUGCUUCAUGCCGCCCCCUUCCAGAACAUUCUUCCCAGAGUCUACAUCAAAGAGGGAGAGCGACUGGAGGUGAGGAUGAAGAGGCUGGAAGCGAAGUACGCCCCUCUCCACCUGGUGCCUCUCAUCGAGAGGCUGGGAACUCCUCAGCAAAUAGCCAUCGCGAGGGAGGGGGACCUGCUGACCAAAGAGCGCCUCUGCUGCGGCCUCUCCAUGUUCGAGGUCAUCCUGACGCGCAUUCGCAGCUUCCUGCAGGACGCCGUGUGGCGCGGGCCCCCGCCCACUAACGGCGUGAUGCACGUGGACGAGUGCAUGGAGUUCCAUCGCCUGUGGAGCGCCAUGCAGUUCGUCUACUGCAUCCCCGUCGGCACGCACGAGUUCACAGCGGAGCAGUGCUUCGGGGACGGGCUGAACUGGGCGGGCUGCGCCAUCAUUGUGCUGCUCGGACAGCAGCGCCGCUUUGACCUCUUCGACUUCUGCUACCACCUGCUCAAAGUCCAGAGGCAGGACGGCAAAGACGAGAUCAUCAAGAAUGUGCCACUGAAGAAGAUGGCAGACCGCAUCAGAAAGUACCAGAUCCUCAACAAUGAGAUAUUCGCCAUCCUCAACAAGUACAUGAAGGCGGUGGAGACGGACAGCUCCACUGUGGAACACGUUCGCUGUUUCCAGCCCCCUAUACACCAGUCCCUAGCUACCACCUGUUGAAAAGGAAGAGCCUUGAAAAGAUAGUGCACACACAGACAUACUCUAAAAACAUACUCUCUCGCAUACGCACCUACACACACGCA